AAUGUAUUCUUCCGCAUUAGAAAUAUAGAUCCAAUUCUUCUUUAAACUUUCUUACCAACAUUAAAUUGCAAAUUAUAUAGGAAAACGAAGUUAUAUAUAUAAUAAUUGAUAUCAAUUUGAACCAGUUCUAAUUUUAUGCACCUUUAGAUGAAGCGUCUAAUCAAAUAUAUGAAAGUAGCUAGAGAAGUUGAAAAGUCAUCAGCCAUUUUUAUGAGUAGAACGUAUAGAAUAUAGUGCUCUCUGCAACAUGACAUCUCUACAAUCUAAUAUUUCUGUUCAUUUAAUAAAAUAUCAACGUAAAAUAGGAAUUUAUUAAACAUUUCUAUAUAAGGAUUAAAGAGCGACAUCAAACCAUUGUGGAUUUUCUGUGGAAAAAAAUGUAUUAAGAAGCAAACAAAAAAUGAUAAGAGAAGCAUGAGAGCUGCAAUAAAGUACAGACUUCAGAAUUAGUCUUUGAAAGUAAAUUAUGUAUGAUGAUCGGUUUAGAAUGAAAUAAGUGAAAAUCGAAAUAAUAAAAAUGGUUGUAGAAAGCUGUACAAAAUCUAGUACUAGAUAUCCACCUUCUACUGGAAUGACUGCUAAAGAACUCUGUGAAAAUGAUGAUUUGGUCACAAGUCUGGUUCUUGAUGCUCAUCUUGGUUUUAUAACUCAUAAAAUGAAUCUUAGGUUCAGACCAUUGAAAAUAAAUAAAGAAGAAUUACGAAAUAUUAUAGCAGAUUUCAAGCAGCACCAAGAUUACGAAAAAGCAUAUCGUCAGUUAAUAAGUGGAGAAUGGGCUUUAGCUUAUUUUCUUACAAAAUCUAAACAACAACAAAAUUCAUUUAAAGAGCAUAUAUUUCGUUAUUUACGAAUUUUUGAUAAAGAAUCUGGAUUUGAAGUAUUACCAUGUAAUAGGUAUUCAGGAGAACAUCAUUUAGGUGCUAAAAUGUGUGCUACGAGAAAAUGGUGUAAAAAUGAAAAAAUUCCAUUUUUAGUGGGAUGUAUUGCAGAACUAACUGAAGAAGAAGAAGCACAAUUAUUGCAUCCUGGAAGAAAUGAUUUCAGUGUUAUGUAUUCAUGCAGAAAAAAUUGCGCUCAAUUAUGGCUAGGUCCUGCAGCUUUCAUUAAUCAUGACUGCAGAUCUAACUGUAAAUUUGUUUCUACUGGAAGAGAUACAGCCUGUGUUAAAGUUUUAAGAGAUAUUGAAGUAGGUGAAGAAAUUACUUGUUUUUAUGGAGAAGAUUUUUUUGGUGAUAAUAAUUGUUACUGUGAAUGCGAAACAUGUGAAAGACGAAAAACUGGAGCAUUUAGUACUCGUAAGAAAGAUGCUGAAGAAGGAGGUGAAAGUAAAACAACAUAUAGUUUUAGAGAGACUGAUAAUAGAUUAAAUCGAUUAAAGCAACAAGCAAAACUUAAUAACAACAACAAGAAUACUCAUUUGAAACAAAAAGUUAAUUCUAAUGAGACUGUUGAUAAGAAGAUUAAUGGAAAUCUUCAAAAAUCAUUAACUUUACAUGAGAUACAAUCUAAAGGAUUAAAUAGACCUCAAAUGUUGUUCAGUCAAAAAUUUAGCCUUAACCAUUCAAAUGGUAUUUUAUCUGAUAAAAAUAGAAUAAUCUCUCAAAAAAAAGUAACUAAUGAACUUCAAACUGAAAAUUCAGCGAAAGCACAAAACUCGUUAAAUAAAAAGUUGGACAAAGUUCAAUGUCAAUCAAAAUUAAUUAACCAUAAUAAAAAGUAUUGCAAAAUUCAAUAUAAAACACUGUCAUCAAGAACAGUUGGAAAAGAUAGGAAAACUAAUGUUGAGAAACCAGCUGCACCUACAGCAUGUAAUGAAAGAAACCAAAAUAUUGAUGCUUUAAAUAAGGCUUCAGUAUAUAAUAUAGAUAAUGAAGAUCUCACUGUAAUGACAAAAUGGGCUCCACGUUGUAGAACAAGAAUAGGUUCAAAUUCAUCUAUAGUGCCAUGUUAUAAAAGUGAUUCAGUUUUAAAUAAAACAAAUGUUAAAAUUGAAACAACUUUUCCUAAAGAAAAAAAUGAUCAAAGCACUAAUAAAAAAUCUCUUGUUCCAAAUACAACUCGUAGUAAAAGGAAAGAAUUAACAGAACCAGAAAAGCAAGAACUUAGGAAAGACUCUAUUAGUGAGGUAAACAAAUUAUCUACUAAUUCUCAUAAAACUAAUGGUGGAAAAAUUAAUCCGUCCACAUCUCCAAACCAAACAAAACCAAAAAAUGGUAAGUAUGACUAUAAAUUACAAAUGGACACGGUCAACGUGAAGAACAAUUUAGAAGACUCCCCGCAGGGGUGCUUAAAGUUAACAAUUAGAGUUCGGAGAAGCCACUUGACGGAAGAUCACUACUCUUCUUCAGAAGGUGGAAACAACAACAUAAAUUCAGCUAAAGGUUAUCAGAAGCGAGCUAUUUAUGAAAUUCUUCCACCUAGUAAUGCUAGUAGUCCUCGUAAACAUCAAAAGAAGAAAAAGAAAAAAAGGAAGAAGAAAUCUCAGGAAAGAGAUAUUUCGAAAUUAGAAAUGAGUAACACUAAAAGACCAAAACUGAAUUCAAAUACUGCUUCUCAAUUGUGUUCCAAUUCAGAAUCUUCUAAUUGUUCGUUAAACAGUUCUCCUUUAAAACCAGGUACGAAAAGACUGAGGUUAAUCUUCGGCAACAAUUCUAUUGAUAUAGACAUUCCACCAUCUAAAGCAAGAAGAUUUUUUUGAUUCUUUAAUUAGUUAGAUAAACAUUGGUAACUAGAACAGAUUAUAUUAAUAGGAAAUCAUCUUUAUUUUAUACUUGAUAGAUGGGAAUAUUAUCCUAUCAGCCACUUUUAUGUGCCUUCAUAUAUGUCCCUCAUCUCUUUGAAAGGCAAUUACAGGUUAAGAAAAAUCAUAACAUCUAAUUUUCAUAAAUUAUGUUUAAAAUUAGGACAAAAGAAUAAUAAUGAAUCAUAGUGAUAUAUCAAUCCAUCCAUCUCUAGAUAUCAUGUCAUAAUCAUAAUUUAUUUGUAAGUAGAACAUCUUCAAUUUAACUAAUACUUAUUACUGUUUGUAAAUAUAAAGUAUAAAUAAUGUAUAUUUAAAGCAUUUGUAGUUCUUUAUUUGUUUCAAAAUGUCUUUCCAUUCUUACUAUUAUUAUUAUUGUUAAAUUACUUCAGGUUUCUAAGAAUUAUUUUCGAAAAAUAAUAUUUAAUUAAAAACUCAAAUAUAUAAGUUUUGUUAUGUUUUAUAUAUUUGAAAAUAAUAAUUUGUGAAUCUGUGUAUUUUGUAACUUAUCUUCAUACAGUUUUUUUUGUUUUUUAAUUGCAUUAGCUUGUAUAUUAGUUAAGUGUUUGUAAUGGUUUUUGUAAAGAUAUUACUGGAAAAAAUAUUUUAUUUUUAAUAUUUCGUUCUGAAAAAUUCCAGAAAUUAUUUUGUAAUUAUGAUGAUAAUUUCAUGAUGAACAUUCUUAAAUAAUUUGAUCUUUUAGAAUGUACUUUUUAAGUUAGAUAUUCCUGUAUUCACCUUUCAGAGAUUGCAGUUAAUAUUGAAAUGUGCAGUCCACGAUUGACGAUGACGGGGCACAUUUCUCUUCAUACUGUUUAUAAAUUCGACAAAAAUGCACAUAAAAUUUAAAACUGUUUUAUAAAGUAGUUCACAAUGUGAAAUUGUAUUCAAAUCAUCCAGGGACAAGAUUAGUUUGAAAAAUAAUUUUUUCUUGAACGAAAUCUAUUAUUUUUUUAAGUAAUUAUGACUCUAUUGUAAUGUUAUUUCGAAUUGUUUAGCUAUGAAUGGAUAUAUUUAAUAUUGAAUAAACUUAAAACU